UAUUCGAAACAAAACCCAGCAAGUAAUUCGUUCUGUGAGACACUUUAAAACUUAUUAAAUUCAAUACAAAAUGGUUUGCAAAGGUUGCGGCAGUACCUGCAAGUGCACGGACACCAAGUGCGGUGACAACUGCUCCUGCAGUCAGGAUUGCAAGUGCGUAUGCAAAACAGGCAGCAAGGAUAAAUGUUGCACAACCAAGGCGAAGUAAACAAAAAACAAUAAAAUGUUUAAUUCCAACAGUGACUUAAUAAAGCGUGGCGAAAAAUGUGCUCUUUAA